GCUCCUGGGCGGCCAACACGCAGAGGGCUUCCGCAAGGCCCUGUCCUCGGACCGGAUCAACGCAGACGCGGGCGGCUCAGGGGACGAGUUCACCAUGGACGAUCGAAUGCUCAUGGAGUUGUUGGCUCUGGGCAUCGAUGCGAAGAUGUCUGUGCUGGCGAACGAUGCCUACGAGAAGAACUGCGGCAUGAUCUUUGAGUAUGGACACACCGUUUCUCAUGCCAUUGAGAAGGCGUAUGGCGAUGGCGUGAUUCCGCAUGGACUUGGAGUGACAUAUGGGAUGCUCUCCAGUUCAUAUGCAGCGGAACAGCUUGGAAUUAUGGAUAAGGCAUCUCGGCAGGAGCACGACGACCUGUGUUGGCUACUCCUAAGCCGGUGGCCGCUGCCGGAGCUCCGCCCCAGCGUGGAGAAGGUGAUGGGCUUGGCAAUGCGAGAUUCCAAGCGUGGUAUCACUUCGGAAGCUGAAGACGAGAUUUCCGACGUGUUGCUGCGAAGUAUGGGGGACAUUGUGCCAACUCCUACCAGCAUGUUGUCCAAGUUUCCAUGCAAGUUGAUUGAGGAGUGGCUCGACAACAUGGGUUUUCCUCGUGAGGCUUAGUGGCACCUGUGCCAUGCCUCGGAGUCAAAGCUGGGCGGCAGUGGCAGUGGUUGUGCUGCGAAUGUGCUGGAAAUAUUUGACAAA